UGCUUGCCACCUCUGGUCAUGAUCAUAUUGUACCCAAUAUCAAUGCGCAAAAAAUAAUGAUGAGCAGAGAUGCCUCUGAUCACUUUGUCUAAGACUACCGAGACAUUGUCCCACGCCCCUCGUUUAUCUCAAACACGGUAGUUCACUCUUGGGGGCUAGCGGGGGAUCAUCACACUUAUCACAAUCACUCAAAGGACUUGACGUAGACAUUCGGGUCCUUUGUCACGGAGGGCACAGGGCGCAUAGAAAAUUGAGGGUGUGAAGAGAAUCGGAUGUGAUAAAUUCUCAAUCACAGCAUAGCGAUCUAGCCACUCAAAAUCGAUGGGCACGAAUGCGCUUGGCAAGGUCGUACUUUAUGACGGUAUGCUUCGAUGUAGAAAGCUCUCAGAUCAACCUGGCGCACCAUCACUUACCCAAGUACGCUUUCCCGGUUAUCUCAACGAAUUUGAGCGAGGAGAGCAUAGAGACCCUCAAGAUAGAAGAGUCUCUUUCAAGAGUCGUCUGGAAGCCGUGUUUGUAAUCGAGGAGCAUGCCAGAGCAAAGUAUUCCUCCAUGAAGACGAGGUUUUUUGGCCUGGCAUACGCCAACGAGGGGAAUUUCCUUCUUCAAUCGGUCUAUGACCGUGGGCCGAGAUGAUACCGAGUCAGUUCUGGUUACUGGCUAAUUGAAGUUGAAAUGGACGUUAAGGAAGUGCGUAAAGUUGCAGAUGGUUAACGAUCUGUCUCUGGCAUAGAACAUACCAUAAAGGCAAUACAUGGUGAUCACGUUCCUUCGAAUAGGCAG